GCGCGCUUUCGCCGGCCCUUUGGCCGGGCCCCAAGGCCGCGUCUCUUCAGUCCGAGCUCCGGGUCCCGGCGUGCGGACGCGCUGAGCUCGUUUCUCUCGCUCGGCCGCUCCGUCGUCGGCUCGCACGCCCUCGGUGUCUCUGGCAGCUUUUCUUUUUCUCCCUCUCUCGAGCGGCUGCAGCUGCGGCGGCGGCGGCGGCGGCGGCGCGAGCCGCGGGUCACGUGAUGAGCAUCCUGCUGCCCAACAUGGCGGAGUUCGACACCAUCUCCGAGCUGGAGGAGGAGGACGACGACGACGCGGCCGCCGUGUCCUCGGGCCUCGACGACGACUUCGACGAGGAUUUCGACGACGACGAGGACGAGGGGAACGAGGACGGUGACGAUCUGGAGUUGCAGCAGCCUCUGCCGCCGCCGGGCCGGGUGGUGAGCGAGGAGCACCUGCGGCGGUUGGCGCCGGACCCGGUGACGGUGCGCGGUACUGGCCACAUCACGGUGUUUGGCUUGAGCAACAAGUUUGACACUGAAUUUCCCUCAGUUCUAACAGGGAAGGUGGCCCCCGAAGAAUUCAAGACCAGUAUCGGCCGCGUGAACGGAUGCUUACAAAAGAACCUUCCGGUCAGCGUCAAGUGGCUACUGUGCGGCUGCCUGUGUUGCUGCUGCACCCUGGGGUGCAGCCUAUGGCCUGUGGUUUGUCUUAAUAAAAGAACAAGAAGGUCGAUUCAGAAGUUGUUGGAAUGGGAAAAUAACAGAUUAUACCACAAGCUUGGUCUGCACUGGAAGUUGAGUAAACGGAAAUGUGAAAGUAGUAAUAUGGUGGAAUAUGUAAUCCUAAUAGAAUUCCUACCAAAGUAUCCCAUAUUCCGACCUGACUAAAGCAUCAUAAUCCGAUCACUUUCACAUUACCUGUCAUUUUCUACCCUUAGUGCCUUGUUAGAUGAUUUUGGAAAGGAGAUGGUCUAUUUUGUUGUGUUUAGAAUGUUACAAUGCUAGCUAGAAUAGUCUCCUUACUCAGUUAUUUUUGUUGGUUUAAGAAGAAAGCAAUUUGCACAUUUUUUCCCCUGUUAAAUGAGGUUUGUGUUUUGCACUCAGAGUUUUUAACAUAAACAAUAGUUUCCACUAAGGAUCUAACAUCAGUGCUGAUUUAAAACAAACAGAGCUUGUUCUGAGCAUGCUGCCUUUUCAUUUGUAUAGCCCUUGUCUGUUUCUCAAUAUGUUUCAUUUGUCUAGGACAUUCUUUCAAAGCACCGUGUUCCCGUAAACCCUUACAGAUAAGCUUUUGGAAACUAGAGCUCAUUUUACGCUACCCUGCUUGGAAAGGGCAUGCAAUCAAUAGCACUGGUUUGGUCCUGCACUUUGCAAAAUCAUCGCCUGUGUUAGUGAGUCGGCUCUUUAAGCCCUAACCUAGGACUUGUAAAUAUUGCCUCCUUGCUUAAUCUAAACUGUGAUAUGCCAUGGUUUCCAGAAUGUAAAACUGCUUUUACUGCGUUGCCAAUGAGUCUGCAUAGAUUUGUAAACUCUGAAUGACAUUUGGAAGCAUCCUCUUGAUUGUACAGACCCGUGUAUGCCAGCUUAUGGCCAAGCCAUAACAAAUUGUCUUGGGAUUGUUCAGCUGUCAAUCUUAAGUUGUCUGUGUAAGAAGUCGACUUAAAAUGCAUAAUUGUACUGAUGUUCUGCACUGUUUCUGAAACAAAAACCUUAGUUGUUGGGAAAGGUUGGACUACAUGUUUACACACACACACACACACACACACACACACACACACACACACAUUUCUGAAACAAAAACCUUAGUUGUUGGGAAAGGUUGGACUACAUGUUUACACACACACACACACACACACACACACACACAUUUCUGAAACAAAAACCUUAGUUGUUGGGAAAGGUUGGACUACAUGUUUACACACACACACACACACACACACACACACACAUUUCUGAAACAAAAACCUUAGUUGUUGGGAAAGGUUGGACUACAUGUUUACACACACACACACACACACACACACACACACACACAUCCCUGUGCCAUCCAGGACAUUUUGCGGCCUCCUUUCUAGCUUGCUCUCUUUUUUUCCCCACACAAAUUUCCCUUCCCCAAAUGAUAUCAGCCAUGUCCCUGCCUCUUUCUCUCUGCCUUCCCCCUACCAGGAAAAAAGAAAACAAAACCCCAAGGCCUCCCCUAUAUAUGUGCUGCCUCAUGACAGUGUCUGGGGGAGUUAGGAAGGCACCAUUGUGAGCCACUGACCCCUCCUCUUUCGGUGCUCUGCUUAGCCUGAAAUGGAGAAGCUACAGUUUAAGAUUAGGCAGUAGCUGAUUCAGAACUGAUUGAGUGUCCCAAAUCCUUGUUUAAGGCCAUUUUUUUCAAACUACCCCAAAGAAGAAAUUAGAAAAUUGUUUUCAACAUUUGGAUAAUAUCAGUAAUUUGAGGCAUAUGUUUAGCUGAAGCUUUUUGUAGCUUCUGCAUCCUCCAUGUCAGGGUACUUGGUUGGGCUGUACUUGGGACACCAGUAAGUGUGAGAGGAAGGAACCCUGUUCCCCAACUCUUCUGAAGUUUAAAAAUGAAAUAUUGGGAGGCCCAGAUCAAGUUAAUAGGGUUGCAUAAGGAGAUGCACAGUGAUAAGGAACAAACAUCUAGAAUUGAACAGCAUUAUUUGGUCCAUGAUGUUCAUAAUAGUGGCCAUCAGGAGCCCUUUAGGCACACUUUCUAUUAGAGACUGUAAAAGGCCAAGAUUUUUGCAUCCAACUGUUUUUAUGUUACAAAUAUUUUGUUUAGACACCCUCCUGCCUUUCUGCUCUAUUCUCUUCCUUCCCCCCUCAAAAAAACAAAAAGCAAAACAAAAAAUAUGCUUACGUGUGCCUGCUAAUUAUUACAUGUUUGCCUGCUGCAAAAUCAGAGGUUCAUUUGCCAAGGUAAUAAGGUGGAUACCUCUGAAAAUUCACCUAACAUGUUUUGUUUUCCUAUGGGGGUUAGGGAAAAUGACAUCUGUGGUUUCAUUUCCAACCAGCAUCAUCCAAAUGCCACUUUUUGGGACUGUGACAUUUGAAUACCAAAAAUUGGUUUCCAGCCUAGUGUUAAAUGUCUGGUUCUCAUUAAUAUAAUAAUAGCUGUUGAGGGUUAACCCCACAAGUCUCAUUUUCCUUGAGGAAUUGAAAUUUGGUCAGUCCCUUUGGUUGUCAUUUUUAGAAGUCCCCUCCCCCCCUUGAUUUUGUUUGAACAAUGACAGCAAGUUUGGAAUUGUUUCCAUGAAACCUGGAACACAUAAAUGUAGAUAACCAGGAGCAGAAGUCAUCCAGGGUGAGGGAAGCCUGUUGCAAGGAAGGGGCGAGUGUGGGGUGCAGAAGUAAUUGUAAAGACUUUGAUGGCUUUAUAAAAGUAUUUCUAAUGCUGCUGUUCAUUACAUUAGAAUUGCCUAAUUCAUUAGUCAUGCUCAGCUCAUUUUCUGAAGUUAUCCAGACACUACCCUCUUUCUCUCUCUCCUUUUUGUGUUUCUUUGUGUUUUUAAAUGGCUUUUGAGUAGUCAGCCAAAAAAGUUAGGUGUAGUCAAGCAUUUAGGGAUUUUGUUUUCUUUUCAGUGACAUUGUCAUGAUGGUUUAUUGAUUGAUGAUGACACCGGAGCACUGUGGCUGCUGGUUGCUCCCUCAGAGUGAGUUAGAAUCCAGUUCUCAUUGAUUGUACCAGGAUCUAGCCUUUGGGUUUGUCACAUGUUUUGUGGAAAGUGGAGCCAGCUUGAUGGAAUUCCAAAGGAACUCCCUGCUCACACAGCUAGCUGCUCUUUUCACAAAACAGUGUGAGGAGAAAGGACAAAGUAAUGUUUGGUUUGUCCAAGAGGGUGUAUGAUAUUUGUCCUUCCCCAAGCUUAUCUUUCCUGCCUUCCUAUCACUUUUCUUUUUUUUCCAAACCCCUCUCUCCUUUCUCCCUUGAACACCCCCUUCCCCACUUUGAAACAGUAGUUGAGGCUCCACACUGUGUGUGCUUCUCUACUCAGUGAGAUUCAUGUCUUCAUGGACAGUGAGGACAGGAUGGAUGGAUGUCCUUGCCCAUCUCUCCCUCCCCCAGCCCUGGGUGGAUCGUUUGGCACACCUGGUUAUAUUUCAGUUUUGGUGCAAGGGAAACCAUUUAUAUGGUUUUACAAACCAAAACAGGCAAAUGUUCAUUCAUUCCGAGGUUAUAGUUCUCCUGGUCAGGGGUCAGGUGCUUCAUACCUCCCUUCUCCCAUCUUCCCCUCCCUGUACUAGAUUAGGAUUGCAACCAUAAGAGUCCACCAGUAGAGGUAUUAAAGGUGUUGCUGGAAAAGUGCCUUGUCUAUCUUGAAUAAAGAUAUUAGGCUAAAGCUGGGGGCUGGGGAAGAAGCAAAACAGAUUGGUCAAUAGGACUAUAUACAGAUAGGCUAAAAAAAUCACCUUCCUCAAAGAGCUAUAGAUUAUUCUUUUCUUCUUUAAGGUCCCUUCUCUGGGAGGUUUUUUUGAGGGGAAAGUUCAAUCAUAUGGUGAAUGUUAGUGUCAGAAAAUAUUGGCAAUUCACUAAUAUUUGCCAUCUACUCAAGGAAGUUUCAUUUCCAUGUGCCCAAUAAACCAGUGUUCAGGCCAAUUCUUGAGCAUGGAAGAAUGGCAUUUCACUUCCUUUUGGAAGAAAGAGAAGCCCUGGGAAAUCGAGCCUCAUAUGAGUGACCCCUAACAAGUCACUUGUGGCUACAUCACCCAGCUUCAAGCAAUAACUCCCAUCGUUGUUAGUUGUGAUCAGCAAUCUUCACCAUUUCUACUGAGCUGUGUUUGAAGUUGUUUUUAAGGUCUGAGGGGUAUUUUUUUUCUCCUAAUGAAAAAGGCUGUAAGAUUUGUACAUUUCAGAAAAUAGUUUUUAUUUUUCCCAGUUCUUAACACUUUUGUUUACAAGUAAAAAAAGACACUUUAAAUAAAGUAGCCCCUUACUACUUGAGCUUAAAAUCAUAAAAGCGUGUUGUCUUGAGAUUUUACUGCAUUAACCUGCCUGGGCCAGGCCAGGGAGGCAGAACUUUACUCCCAGCUAGUUAAUUGGAGCACUUUGACCCAUGGGGCUAUUUUUUAAUUCAUUUAAGUUUCAGAUGUGAAACUCGCCUGAGGGAGGGCCUCUGAUAGCCUGGCAGGCAGGUGCCUUUUGGCCUUUAUCAAGGACUGUGCACAGCUUGGGUGGAUUGUAAGACUUCUCCACAGAGAAGGGAGAGACUGGUUGGGAUCUGUGCUCUGCAGAUGAAAGGGAAGGGAGUUUUUAUGUUUUUCCCUCUAGUUUUCCACCUCCUGACUCUGAGCACACAUUUUCUGUUUUGUUGGUUCCAGUCCCCCAGAUCAUAGGAAAUUCAGGAGUGGAAUACUUCAUUCUGAAUUCUUACCCUAGAGGAAGAAGAGUAAGAACCAUCACCACCACCUGGGUCCUCCCUAAUUCUGCCACCCAUAGCUUCAGUUGUCAAUGCCUCCCACUUAGUAGCCACUGAGUAGAUAGAUAUUUGGUGAUCAACUAAGUGUACAGUGGCUGCUGCACAUUUAGAUUCCAAAGACCCGAGGAAGCUGAAGUUCCUCUCCAUCCCCUUACCUCCCUCCCCCUCAUCCUGGGCCCCUCCCUAGUGGUAAGCUCUAAUACCUCUUUUAGAGGGGCCUCAUCACCAGGGAGGGGCUAAGGCCCUGAGGGACUCUGGCUCCUUGAGUCUUUGGGAUCUGAAUUCACAGCUGCCAAUUACUAUCCAGGCAAGAAUCCCAACUAUGAUGACAGGGGCAGAUGGGGGUGGGAGGGAAGACCCAUUUGGACAUUUUAUAGGGUAAGAAUUUCACAUCUUAGCAUCUGGCUCACUUUUUCAAAGAACCACACCCUACGGAUCAUAGGAAUGGGAUGGGUGCUACAGAGACAUGGAAAGUCAAGUGGUUUAGAAAUCCAAAUGCAAGUCAUUCCUGGCCGAAUUCAGGGCUCUGCUGAGUUCUCUUCGAUAAGUGACUUAAUUCCUCUGUACCUCAUGUCCUUGUAGGAUAACAAAUCUGGACCUACCUCACAGGGGAAUUGAGGCUCAUUUCAUACAUUAGUGUUCUGGAUGACUACUGACAGACAUUCUGAACGUCACCAUUGUGCAUGUUUUGGAAGUGAUCCCUUUAGAUCCAUCUUUGGUUUAUUAGUUGAACCACACAAGGUUAAUGCCGCAGCUUGGCUUAGGGCAGCUCUGAGGUUCUCUAUGUCUGUAGCUUUCUACCUGUUAGACAAACACUUGUGGUUUGGGAGUUCCCCUGGCAGAUUAGACUUCACACAUUCUUAUGUGUCCGUAUUAUCCUUUUGCUUCUUAUUAGACUUGGUUUGGUGACAGAGAUGCCCUUUGAUUUUAAACACACAGGGUUUUCUCCCCCCGUUUCUACAGGUUUUAAGUGUUGUCUUGCAUGACAAACUCUUGGUCUGUUUUUGCUGCACUGGGGAUGUAUUGUAGCUUCAGGUUAGCAUUUGCUUCCGCUUGAGACAGAAAUAUUUAAAUGACUUCAUUUAGUGUAUAUACAAAGUACUGCAGAUGUUGAGAAUGUUAUGCUGUUAUGCUCCAGCAUGGGACUCUGAAUUCCCAAGUAUCUUCAACUAAGGUCCCUUCAGCUUGGGAACUUAACAUAAACAGCAACUUAAAGCAAUAAUGUCUCGAGUGUUAUUUGUGUUCUCAUCCUUUUGGUUUAUUUGGGAAAAAAUUCUUUUAAACUUGAUUUUAUUUGUUGUCUCCUCAAUAAAUGUAGUGUUUUAAACUAGAUGAAGCUUUUAAACUAAUUAUCAAUGUGUAAAAUGAAGUGUAAUCACCAAGCUCACUUGGCACCCCUAGUUAUUUACCAAACAAGAGGCAUCAGAAGAUUCCAAGGUGUUUCCUGGAACAAUGACGAAGAGCAAGGCCAAAAAGCCAGAGAGGGGUCAUUUCACAAGACACUCUGUUGAGCUGCCCACUCUUUCUGUUUCGUGGCAGAGGACUCUUGUUGGAACAGCUUUACCAGCAGAGAAUGAUAAUCGUUUCUAUCCAAACCAAGAAUUCUCCUGGACCUUCAAAUGUUAUGUAACCUGUUGAAUUCUCUUUUUCCCUCCUGUAGAAUGUAGUAACCCUCCUCCUACCCCCAGAAGAACUCUUCUUAUAUAGCUGUGCCAAAACUGAAGAAACAUGCUUUUAUGAGACUUUCAGUGCUGCUUUUGUCUUUGUUCAUUUGUCAGAUGUAAAAUUGAUUAUCUCAGGAUUGCAAAAUUAAAGUCAAAUGCAAACCAGU